AUGAGCGAAACCCAGACUAGUGCUGUCGAUCCGGCCAGGGCUGCGGAGAGUCGCGUGGCCCAGAUCGUGGGCGUGACCACGGUUUUCCAUGUCCUUGCCCUCAUUAUCGUCAUCUUGAGGUCCUACACUCGCUUAUUCCUGGUUCGAUCGUUCGCUUUCCCGGAUGCGUUCAUGAUAUUGUCCGUGCUCUGCUCAUUGUUUGGAGGCACUGUGACAAUAAUCAUGCAGGUGCCGUAUGGACUGGGCCGUCACCAAGAUACCGUCUCGCCCGCCGAUCUCAUUCCGUUCAACCAGCUCAGCUUCAUCCAGUCCAUUGUACCGCUGAUGGGCGGUAUCGCAUUCCUCAAGAUCGCCAUUGCGCUCGAGCUCAUGAAGCUCAAGGGAAAUGCGUUGGCAUGGUACAAUACCGUGCUAUGGUGCCUCAUCGGAUUUGUGGUUGCAUACACCUUGAUGGCGUGGUUCAGCUUCUUUUUGUACUGCAGGCCGAUGGCCAAGUAUUGGGAUCCAAGUAUCGAAGGGUCAUGCUACUCCGUUAGCUUGUUCGUCAAGUUUGGCUUGAUCAACACGGCCUUCAAUAUCUUCACCGAUGUUGCCUUUGCGACUCUUCCGAUCCCAAUUGUCUGGCUUUUGAAGAUGCCCCUCAAGACUCGCCUUUAUCUCGUCGGCGUCUUGAGUCUUGGCUAUGUUGCUGUUGCUAUGGGCAUUCUAAAAGCCGUGGCUCAGAUCGACUAUAAUCCUCUCGGGGAUGGUACCUUCACCUAUGAUGUCCAAUUUUGGGGCCUUCUUCAGCUCAACCUCGGUAUCAUUGCCGCGUGCGGUCCAUCGCUGAAGCCCUUGGUCAGGAAUAUCUUGCAACUAACAAGCCUCACACCUCGAUACGGCUACACUGGCUCCGGUGGAUACAACAACCAGCGAAGUGGUCGGGCAACGGGGCUCUACACCAUCGGUGGAACCGGCUCGAAGGGGUACACCAAACAGAAUAGCAGGACGGACGGCACGGAGUUUGAGCUGCGGUCUCAGUACCGCGCUACUGCAAGCGCAAGAGAUGCCGCCAGCUCGCCUGGUCCGUAUGAAACGCAGAAGGGCAACGGUUCCCCUGAGAGAACUGGGAGCCAAGAGACGAUCCUGCACGAGGAGGGCGGGAAGAAGGCCAUUGUACGAACCACCGAGGUUACUAUCACAUACUAG